GGAUGAUUCUGUCUCAAAAUGAAAGAAUAAAAUGUACAUACUAAGACAUUGGUGGACAACAAAGCCUAAAUGGAAUAUUCACGAAUACUAGGCCCACAAUAGUUGCUUCAAAUGGAAAUAUUUAUCAAUUGGGAUUUUACGAAUCACCCAAAAUACAAGGACGUGAUUGCUAAUUACAAACUACGGUUGUAGAUAAGAUCUCUCUUUUCGUAAAUCAACUUCACCACGGCACGCAAUUCAAUUUUCAAUUAUAAUACAGUCUUCUCCUCCCGAAUCCUACGCUCUCACCAUGUGCACAUUAGAGAAGCGCGGCAACCUCUUCCUCCUAACCUUAACCGGCGACAACGAGCACAGAUUCAACCCCGACACGAUCGCCACCAUCCUCUCCCUUCUCGGCCAAGCCAAAUCUCAAUCGCAGCGUGGAUCCGUACUCAUCACCACCGGCCACGGAAAAUUCUUCUCCAACGGGUUCGAUCUCGCAUGGGCCCAAUCCUCCGGAUCCUUAACCGGAGCAGCUGAACGGCUCCACCAGAUGGUCGAAUCGUUCAAGCCCGUGGUCGCAGCUCUCCUCGAUCUCCCUAUGCCGACGAUCGCCGCCCUGAACGGCCACGCCGCCGCCGCGGGGCUGAUGCUCGCGCUGAGCCACGACUAUAUCUUCAUGAGGAAAGACCGUGGGGUUCUGUACAUGAGCGAGGUGGACAUCGGGCUCUCCAUGCCGGAUUACUUCGCGGCGAUGGUGAGGUCGAAGAUCGGGACGAGCGCGGCGAGGCGGGAGGUGUUGUUGAGCGGGAAGAAGAUUAGAGGAGAAGAAGCGGUGGCUUUGGGGAUCGUUGACUCGGCGGCUCAUGCUAGUGCGGAAGGAGUUGUGGAGGCUACUGUGGGCCUUGCGGAGAAACUUGCCGCGAAGAAAUGGAAAGGUGAUGUGUAUGCGUCGAUCAGGAAGAGUUUGUAUCCGGAGCUUUGUGGGAUUCUUGGUUUAGAGGCUACUAUCUUUGCAACACCGAAGCUCUGAAGACUCUUUUGAGUGCGAUUAUUUUUUUGUGUUUUAAUCAAACACAGUUUCGUUAUGGGGCAUAACACAUGUUGAAGUUAGAAUUAUGAUCACAGAGACAAGAAAGAUGUUCAACUUUUUUUGUUUGUUAUAAUAAAUUAGCCGUGUUGUUUCGGACAACCAAAGCUUUGUGUUCUUUUCAGCCACAUAUCCCAAUCCAGUUUUCUAAUAAUGUAUUAGUGGGUCAUUUCGAAAUUGCAAAAUUAUUUUAUUCCUAAUCAAGAAAGUUGAGUUUGAUCCACGCGUGUACAUACUUAUUUUUAUUUUUAUGUUCAUAAAAUAUUAUUUACAUGUUUAUUUGUUAAUAUUCUAGGAAAAUUGGACUGUAUAGCCAUCAAAAAAUUUAUAAUAUCAAUUAUCC